CCAUUUUGCUUCAGUUUUGAAUAUUCUAAUUUUUAUUAUAUAUUUAUUUUAUAUUCAAACUUAUUCUGUGAGUGAGUUUAAAAAUGCGCUGUUAAAUUAAAAAAUUGAAAAAAUAAUAAUAAAAAUAAAAUUAUGUGUUUGUGUUUGUGUUCAAUUGUUUGUUUGGUGGAUAAAACAAAAAAAUCGUAAACAAAAUAAAUGGAUAUGUGCUGUUCUUCAUAAAUCAAAACAUAUUAAAAACAUCUUAAUAUUUCUACCUACCUACGUUUAAAUAAAUAACUACCGUACAAAAUAAAUAACUACUUUCUUAAUAUGAUGCUAACUACAGAGCACAUAAUGCAUGGCCAUGCGACAUCGGUUAGUCAAAGUGCACUUUUUGGUUGUUCAACAGCUGGCCAUAGUGGCAUUAACCAGCUGGGGGGUGUCUAUGUUAAUGGGCGCCCCCUACCAGACUCAACACGGCAAAAAAUUGUCGAAUUAGCCCACUCAGGAGCGAGACCAUGUGAUAUAUCCCGCAUAUUACAAGUAUCGAAUGGAUGUGUUAGCAAAAUUUUAGGCAGAUACUACGAAACAGGAUCAAUUAAGCCACGAGCAAUUGGCGGUUCAAAGCCACGUGUUGCAACGACACCGGUUGUACAAAAAAUCGCCGAUUACAAACGUGAGUGCCCGAGUAUUUUUGCUUGGGAAAUUCGUGAUAGAUUGCUGUCGGAACAAGUCUGCAAUAGCGAUAACAUACCAAGUGUUUCAUCAAUUAAUCGAGUCUUAAGAAAUUUGGCCUCACAAAAAGAACAGCAAGCUCAACAGCAGAAUGAAUCGGUUUACGAAAAGUUACGUAUGUUUAAUGGUCAAUCGGGUGGAUGGGCGUGGUAUCCUAGUAAUGCACCACCAGCACACUUGGCGCUACCACCAACUCCAUCUGCUACCAACUUAACAGGGCAAAUUACCAGAGACGAAAUCCAAAAACAUAUCUUUUCCGGUGACGUCUCGCAUCCGAACUCUCACGAAAGUACGUCUGAUGGAAAUUCCGACCACAACUCGUCGGGGGAUGAAGAUUCGCAGAUGCGCUUACGCUUGAAAAGAAAAUUGCAGCGAAAUCGAACAUCGUUUACCAAUGAACAAAUUGAUAGCUUAGAAAAAGAAUUUGAAAGGACCCACUAUCCAGAUGUGUUUGCAAGGGAGAGAUUAGCUGAAAAGAUCGGUUUACCAGAGGCACGUAUUCAGGUUUGGUUUUCAAACCGGCGAGCUAAAUGGCGACGAGAGGAAAAAUUACGCACCCAACGGCGUUCCGUGGAUCAUGUUUCAAGUGGAAAUGGAUCGAGUGGCGGAACUGGUGCUAGUGGAAGUACCAAUGGUGGUAAUGCUGCCCCGAGUGUUGGUGGAUCAGCAGCCAACGCAUCAAAUAACAAUGUCGGCGAGAAUACAAAUGGCGGUGGAGGUGGUGGCGGAGGAGCUAGCAGUAAUGCAGCUGGCGGCACAGCUUCCGAUGGUAAUCCUGGUGGUCAUACAAAUUCAGCAAGCCCACUUUUACAAGCCGUUGCACCUCGUUUACCACUGAAUUCAGGUUUCAACUCAAUGUACUCAUCGAUUCCUCAGCCCAUUGCUACAAUGGCCGAGAAUUAUAGUUCUAUGACAUCUUCGAUUGGUUCGAUGACAACUUCAUGUCUUCAGCAAAGAGAUAGCUACCCGUAUAUGUUUCAUGAUCCACUCUCUUUGGGGUCACCUUAUGCAGCGCAUUCACGUACGCCCUGCAAUCCAGCUGCAGCUCAUCAGCAGCCACCACCACAACAUGCAGCAUAUGGUAGUGGUUCAGCUGCGAGCAGUACUGGCGUAAUUUCUGCCGGAGUUUCUGUACCCGUACAAAUCCCAACGCAAGGUGCUGAUCUCGGCACAAACUACUGGCCAAGGCUCCAGUGAUCCGCGCUCUUCGGGCUUCCCCCACAAAUCUUAUCGCAGGUAAGCCCGAUUACUGCCCCUGGAUCGCCUCAUAGUACAACAACCACCAAUAACAUCAAUACUGGGUCACCUCAUCCGUCGUCAGCUGCACCAUCAAGCCCACCAUUAGGUCUGACCAACAAUAACCAACACCACCAUCAUCUACACCAGCAGCAGCAUCAACAGCAACAACAACAACUACAGCAGCACCACCUAGCACACCAACAGCAGCAUCAUCACCAUCUCUUGCAGCAAUCCUUACACCAUUCACAGCAACAUCACCCCACCUCAAACCCCGUUCUGCUACAUCAUACAAUUCAACACAAUGAUCCACAGCAGCAGCAUCCACACGAGGAGGCGCCAUAAACUAAAACAUAACAACAUUUUAAACAAAAAUUAAAACGAAUUUAAAAGGAAAUAUAGGUAUUAUUAUGUUAACAUAAAUAAUUACACACAAAAAUAAUUAUUAUUUCUUAGAGCCUAUGUUGUUCAAGAGCUAAUUAUAAAUUUAAAAAUAAGUUCCCACCGCCCUCUUUUAAAUCUUGUUUACUUUUCUGUUAUUUAUUAUAUACACAAAUUGUAUCUAUCAUAAAAAUAAAUCGUAAAUAAUACUAAUUUAAAUAAUUAUAAUAACUACUUAUUUUAAAUUAGAUUAGAUUUUUAACGAAAUUUUUGAACAAAGCAAAAAAUAUAUUUAAGCCUAUUUAUAGUUUCACACAGUCAAAAUAUUUAGUUUGUUUGUUAUUAUUUCAAGGGCUACUCCCGGACCUAAACCUCCCUGAAAAUAUUAAUUAAUUUUUAUAAAUAUAAAAGAUUUAAAUAAAAAUAAAAAUUUUCCAAACUUGUUUACUGACAAAAUCUAAAACGGUCAUGAGUGUUUUUUGAUUAAAAUGGUAAGUCCUCUUAAACUUAUUUGAUUUUUAAAUUAAUUUCAUCAAUUUAAAAACACAUAAAUAAAAAACCAUGCUCCAAAGCGAAUUACUGUAAAAGCACACAAAAUAAUUAAAUAUAUUAUUAAAAUUACAUAAUGUGUUUAAAAUAAGCUAUAACUAAGUAUCAAAUGUAAAAUUUUAACAAAAAUGUGUUGUGUCUUGCAAUUAUACAAAAAUAUACAAAUACAUCUCUUUCUUUAAUAAUUGCAUUUUUUUUGUUGAGAAAAUACAAAGACUUUGUUCUCUGAAUUGAUAACUUUCUUGUAAUAAGGUCUCAUAAAAUAAAAUGGUUAUAUAGCAGAGUGCUAAUUUGACUUAGUAUCAUGUACAAGAAUAUGAGCAAUAAACGAAAAGCAAUAUUUAUUAAAUAUAAAAUCACCGGCAGUGUUUCGUUUUAACGUUUUAACAUAGCGUCUUCCUUAAGUUCUCCUCUAUCUACAUAUUUUUAAAAAUGAUAACAAUUUUUUGAGCUCUUUGUCAUUCCCGUUUAAACCAUUUUAGAUCUUCCGAUUCCGAGUCGAUAAAGCUUUUUUUUUUAAAUGUUUUAUUUGGUAUUUUAUUAUUAAUCAUAACCUGUGUUCGUUAUUAAUUUUAUAGGAUAAAGUCCUUAUUGAGCAUUCUAAUAAAUUUAAAUUUGUAUCAAUAUAUCAUAGAAAAGCUCAGGACAACCAGACACACAAAAAAAUUUUAGGUAGGUACGAUUCGAGUAUGUAUACAUGUUUUUUCUUAUUGAAUUAAUUAUAAAUUUUGUAUAUAAAGGUUCAUAUAUGUAUGUCUAAAGAUUGAAGUCUCAAACAACGCGAAAAAAAGAGCAUAAAAUAAAUAAUAAUUUAAGCAACGUGAAGCAAUAAUAGGAAAACAAAAGAGCAAAUAUAUAUACAGCCGUACUUCUAUGUAACACAAACAACGUAAAAAAUCUAUAAAUUUGUAAAGUUUAACAAAUAAAAUGAUUGUUAACAUUUGUAAUUAAUUAUAUUAGAUCUCUUUAAAACAAACAAAAAAAUGCAUAAUAUAAAUUAGAUAAACAUUAAGUUAUUUCAAAGCCAGAGAAACUGAAAAACCUCUACCAUAGCCCAACGCCCUCUACACAAAAUUAAAAAAACGAAAAAAACGUCCCAAAAACAAUGUUUAAAUGAACUUUACAUGAAACAUUAUAUUUAGUAUGGCAUAUAUUAUACAACUUUUUUUAAAGCAAAGCUGACGUUAUAACAAAAGUGAAAUAAUAAACCCAAACAAAAAAAAGGAAAUAUAACAUUAGAUCUAGUAGUAUAAUCAUGCAUAUUUAUGUACAUUUGAUUGUUUGUAUACAUAAUUAUAUCAUAGAACAAAAAUGAUAAAACAUUUUCAAUGUAAAAAAUAAAGUUUAUUUAUUUUAUUAACAAAAAUGAUUGAAACCAAAAAAAAACGAGACAAGAAUCAGUUUUUCCCCGAAAGAAGUAAGUGUUGACAUAAUUCAAUGAUGAUAAAUAUUAUAUUAAUAUUAAAUAUAAGUAUGCAUUAUUAUUAUAAAUAUAUAUAUAUAUAUAUACAUACAUAUAUAUGUAUAAAUUAUAACAUUGUAUGUGUAGUUUGUGCAGAAAAUCGAAAAAAAAAUCUUUAAAAAAUCAAAAACAAAAUAUGGUCCGACAAUUAAAAUAAAUAUAUAUAUAUAUACAAAAAAGGUUUU